AAAGGUUUGGGAACAACGCGAUAAUUGGUGUAAAUUUUGAAAAACGCUUGGCUGCCUGGCCUAAAAUAAAUCCCGGUGAUGCUGGUGCAUUGCAAGAAUUUAGUGACUUUCUUCGCCAAGUUCAGAUUGCAAGCAAGCACAUAGUGAGUUUGAAAGUCUACAACUAUCCAUCACAGAUACAACCGUUGGUAGAGAAACUCCCUAGCUGGUACAAGUCGAAGUGGUCUGAGAGAGUGAUGAAAUUUCAAAAGGUCAAUGGAAAAGAAACAUUCCCUUCUUUUGAAGAGUUUGUAAACCACGUGAGUCACGAGGCAGAACGAGCCAACAUCUCUCAGCUAUCUCCUAUCACAGUAUCCACACCUAAGAAGGCAGGAGAUACAAGCAGGCGCCGCCCGCCUGCAUGCUCCAUUACUGCUCUUGCAUCUUCAGCAUAUGAGUCAGGCUCUCACGAUCCGCUACCACCCGAGAAACACGACCCAUCUAAAUAUCUUAGACUACCCACUAAACCAACGAUGUUCUGUUUUUACCACGAAAGAUCUUCUCAUUCUUCAAAGAACUGUGAAAAGUUUCAGAAGUUAAGUUUUCGUGAGCGCAAGGAAUUUAUAAUGUCCCAUCGGAUUUGUCUAAGGCACAGAAUAGGAAGUUAUACCAGAAGCGUAACUCGAGCAAAUAUUUGUCCGCGUUUUUACAAGCGAUUCGUCAUCAAUCACGCCAUCCUGGCUAGUACAACCGGCACUUUGUACCUACCAAAUCCUGAUAAAAACUUCCGGCUGUACUAGCCAGGAUGGCGUGGCCUGACGUGAGCGAGUUAAAAUUUUCGUGGACGUCAAACAACAAGGGAAACGACUAGAGUUACGCUUCUGGUAUAACUUCCUAUUCUGUGUCUAAGGUGUGUAAACUCGGACAAGCACAUUGCUAAAAACUGUGACCAGAAGGAAGUAGAAUGCAAGAUUUGUAAAGGGAAAUAUCACACGUGUCUUCAUAAUCCAGCAAAACAUGACAACAAUAAUAAUGAUGACCAAGCAAAGACUUCUUGCACGAAGGUCUGCGGGGAGAAUCAGGCGGGACGAUCCUGUGCUAGAAUUGUCCUUCAAGUAUUCCAUCAGGAUGAUCCCACAGUUCGGGUACCCACCUACGCUGUAUUAGACGAUCAGUCUACCGAUGUCUUUGUGACAGAUGCUUUGUUAGAAAAGAUUAACACUAGCGGCCCUGAGAUUUCGCUUGAAGUCAACACCAUUGUGUGAGUUAACAGCAUCCACACUCGUAAGGUAUCUGGUCUAUGCGUGCAGGACGUCGAAGGUCGACACCAACCCAUGAAGGUCAACUAUGCUUAUUCAAGAGAAGAUAUAUCAGCAGAUAAGUACGACAUCGCAACACCCGAAAUUGCCCGCCGGUGGAACCAUCUGCGAGAGAUUGCACAUCACAUUCAUUACCUCCCUGACGUAGAAAUCGGGAUGCUUAUAGGCCGUAACGUGCCCACCGCAUUCCAGCCGCUUAAAAUUAUUUACGGGAAAGAAGACGAGCCGUGGGUAGAAAAAUACAAAUUCGGAUGGACAAUAAUUGGAAGAGUAUGUCUGGAUAACAACCCCAGAAACAAGACAACCGUGAAUCGCGUCUCUGUUAUCGAGAAAGAAGAUCGUCGCGAAACCAAACUCGAAAACCACGCACAUGUCGUAGAUAGCUCCCGGAGUAAAGACAUGACGUCACCGAAAGAGAUAAAAGAAAUGAUGCAACUGGACUACAAUGAACUUCACUACGGUCGUAACGUUCGCGGCACAGAACAAACCGAGUCUGCAGAGGACAUGCGUUUUAACAAGAUCCUAACUAAAGGCAUUCACAAAAACGCCCAGGGAAAUUGGGAAAUGCCCCUCCCUUUCAAAGCGGAUGAGAUAAGCUUACCAAACAAUCGGAAAUAUUGCCUGACUAGAUUAUUGACUCUCAAGAAGAAGAUGCAGAAGGAUGAAAAACUGCGCACGGACUAUGUGCAAUUUAUGGAGAACACCAUCAACCGUAAACACGCUAGUCGAGUACCAAACGAAGAAUUACAAGUGUCAGAAGGACAGGUUAGGUUCCUUCCCCAUUUCCAGGUAUAUCACCCCAAAAAACAGAUAAAAUAAGGGUGGUGUUCGAUUGCAGUGCUGUUUAUCGAGGCGAUUCCCUUAAUAAACACCUUUUACAAGGUCCUGAUUGGAUGAAAGCUCUGGUAGGCGUCUUAUCGCGGUUCCGAAAAGAAGAGAUUGCAGUUUCUUGCGACAUCGAGCAAAUGUUUCACAACUUUGCAGUGAAUCCUAAGCACAGAGAUUUUCUGAGGUUUCUCUGGUUCAAGGACGGUGAUAUAAACCAACCCAUAGUUGAGUAUCGCAUGAAUGUUCAUUUGUUCGGAGCUGUGUCAUCCCCUGGUGUAGCAAAUUUUGGGCUCAUAGCUACAGCAAAAGAAGGUAGCCAAGAAUUCGGUGAAAAUGCCAGAGAUUUCCUUGAGCAAGAGUUUUACGUUGAUGACUGUCUCAAAUCCUUUGCGAACCCAGAGGAAGCGAUAGCUACAGUCAAGAAUGCGCAAGCCAUCUGUGCAUCCGCCAACCUUCGACUUCAUAAGUUUGCUAGGAACAACAAGGUCGUCUUGGAGUCAAUCUCGAAGGAAGAUCGUGCGAAUGACCUAAAAGAUUUAGAUCUACGUCACGACGCUUUGCCAAUCCAACGUUCCUUGGGAAUUUACUGGUGCAUCGAGUCCGAUACUCUGGGAUUCCGAAUAUAGCUCAAGGACAAACCCUGUACACGCCGUGGUAUGCUGUCUACAGUGUGUUCAGUAUACGAUCCGCUCGGAAUAGUGGCGCCAGUAAUUCUAAUUGGAAGACAAAUACUUCAGGAUUUAUGACGAGACAACUAUGGCUGGGACGAUCCUGUUCCAAACGAGCUCCUCAGCCGUUGGGAAAAAUGGAGAUCCGACCUUCGCCUUCUCGAGCAAGUAAAGUUACCUAGAUGUGUCAAACCAACGGUUUUGGAAAACCUACCAAAAUAGAAAUACACGCGAUGAUGCAAGCGAUGUAGGAAUCGGACAAGUGUCAUAUCUACGCUUGACAAAUGCCGAAGGUCAAAUACACGUGCGUUUUCUCAUGGGAAAAGCACGCGUGGCUCCCUUCAAGUUGAUGUCAACCCCCAGGGUGGAACUCACAGCGGCAGUAAUAUCAGUGAAUGUUUCGAGCAUGCUCAGCAAAGAGUUGAAUUAUAAAGAGACCGAAGAGUUGUACCAUACCGAUUCCACAGUAGUUCUCGGAUACAUCAACAAUGAAGCAAGAAGGUUCCACACCUAUGUCGGAAAUCGAGUGCUGUACAUCCGUGACAGAUCAAAACCUGAACAGUGGCGACACGUUGCUGGGGAACUUAAUCCAGCAGACGAAGCUUCACGUGGUCUUACAGCGACCGAAUUGCUACAGAAUUCCCGUUGGUUCGUCGGUCCCGAGUUUCUGUGGCAAGAAACCGAGCAGACCCACGCACAACUCAGAGUCGAGCUAGAUCCCAAAGACCAGGAAGUCAGGAAGGAAGUGACCACAGUUUUAACCACCCAGCAAGUCAGGAGAAAUUUCCCAAAGGUCCUUGAAGCAGACCGUUUCAAACACUCUUCUUCCUUCUAUCGAUUAAAGCGAAGCAUCGUAUGCAUACAGCGAAUGAUCGAGAGAAAACGAUCUGACAAACAAUACAAUUGGAGAAUGCAAGAAGGACCACCAACUGUUAGAGAGCUUGAAGAAGCGGAGAAAUUAAUCCUGAAAUCUAUUCAGUACAAACAUUUUUCUGUCGAGGUUGAUGAUAUGCAAAGGCUAGCCGGUAACGAGGACAUGUUUCAAGAUAGACAAUCCGCCAAAGUGAGGAACUCCGCGUUGAAACGUACGACAAGUUUGCACAAGUUGGAUCCCUUCCUAGACGGUAAAGGUAUUCUCAGAGUCGGCGGCAGGCUGAAGAAUGCAACAACGCCUUACGAAGUUAAACACUCUGUACUCAUCUCUAAGAACGACCACGUGACAAACCUGCUGAUACGACACCACGUUGCCCAGAAACACCAAGGCUACGGUAUAACCCACAACGGAAUAAGACAAGCAGGAUACUGGGUCAUUAACGGACGUACAGUAAUAUCACACGCCAUCCAUGGCUGCGUCACGUGUCGAAGAUUACGAGGCAGAUCCAUAGAACAGAAAAUGGCAGACUUACCAAGCGAAUGUGUAAAUCCUGCACCACCAUUUGCAUACACCGGCAUGGAUGUUUUUGGCCCGUUUUAUAUUAAAUAAGGCAGAAAAGAGCUCAAGAGGUGGGGGUAUCAUUUUUACGUGCUUAGCCUCUCGAGCAGUCCACCUGCAAACCCUCAAUUCGAUGAACACAGACUCAUUCUUAAAUGCGUUAAGAAGAUUUAUUAGUCGACGUGGCAACGUACGAGAAUUACGAUCAUUUUGUAUUGCUAUAUUAGUAUAGUUUGAAUCGUCCUUUUGUAAUUUUAGCGUAUUUUGUUUAUAUUGUAGUUUGA